AUGUCAAAAACUUACAACAAUGAAUGUUCCGAAGUGAAGGAGAAAAUAGAGACUACUAUGCGGCUGUAUACUGAAGCAGUUGAAAAUAGUGAAACAUAUUUUUUGGAUAAGGUAGAGAAAAUGCGUAAGUCGAAGAUAAACGAGUUGAAUCAAUAUAUGAAUACACUGCGUGGUAUGCUCGCCGGUUUAUCUCGUAUAAGUGAAUUGAUAAUACAUAGCAUGGAUUCCGACGGAAAAAAUUUGUUUAUGAUUAAAGAAAAGGGCAAAUAUGAGGUACAUUUAUUUUCAACUAUGUUCAAGAAUAUGCAGGUGAAGGAGGAGCGAAUUUUGUUUAACUCCCCGAACUGUCACUUAAUAGACCAAUUAGGGCAUUGUGAUGUACAACGGAUUUACCCGACUUCCGGUCAAAUAGACAACUCUGAUUCCCAUCAAAUUUUAAUGGCAAUGCAGUCCUUGCUGGCAGGUCAAUCAACAAUUUGUCUUCCACGCAGUAUUGGACAAGCCAUUCCAGGUUGUUGGAAGUCGGUAUCCGUAAAGCCAACUAGUAGCUUACGCCUUGGAGAGCCUAUGUUUUCUUUUGGUCGUGAGGGACCAAACGAAGCCGAAAUUGCUAGACCGUGGGGUUUAUGUGUAGAUAGAGAAGGCAAUGUCAUAGUUGCCGAUAGACGCAAUGACCGUAUUCAAAUAUUCAGUAAGGAUGGUGAAUUUAAAAGCAUGUUCGGUUCGAAAGGCGAUGGCCCUGGUCAAUUUGACCUCCCAUCUGGUAUAACAACUGACAUAUUUGACAGAAUUAUUGUUGCAGAUAAGGAUAACCACAGAAUCCAAAUAUUUACAAUGGUAGGAAAGUACAUCCUCCAGUUCGGGUCAUUUGGUAAAAAAUGUGGACAGUUUCAUUACCCAUGGGAUGUAGCUACAAAUACCUUAGGAAACAUUGUUGUGACUGACACGCGUAAUCACCGAAUUCAACUAUUUACAACCGACGGGAUUUUCGUCACCCAAUAUGUAUUUGAAAGUCCUAACUCAACCACAAUGUUGAGGGGUCCAACAAUUCCGAGAGGUGUAAGCUUCACAACGUUUGGCAACAUAGUAGUAACCGAUUUUGAGAACAAUCGUAUAAUAAUGUUAGAUUCAACUCUAUCAAAAGUUCUACAUUGUGCAGAGUCUGAAGGUUUCAGUACUGGUGAGCUCAAUCGUCCAUCAGGCGUUGCGAUCGAUGAUGAAGGUCGGAUUAUUGUAGCAGAUUCAAAAAAUUAUCGUGUAGUCCUGUUUACUUCGCAACUCCGUCGUCUGUCUACUGUGAACUUCAAGAGUACAGACUUCGACAAAGACAGACCGAGUGACGUUGCCCUAACUUUAGAGGGUCAUUUAGUGACUGAAACUGACGCGCAAGAUCAGCAGUAUGAAGACUAUGCAGACGAAACUGAGGAAGAUGAAGAAUAUGCACCAAAUAUUACUGACUCGCGUACAUCUGUAACAAAGUUACGCAGUAUUUCCAGUAAAAUAAAAAGAAGUGAAAUAGUGAAGAAGAAGUUUCAGUCUACUUGUGAAGCAGCUGGCGUGUCAUCAAAUCUGAAUCCCAUUCUUGACUGUCCAACGAGAUGGAAUUCCACACAUGAUAUGAUUGGAUUUGGUUUAAAAGUGAGAGCGGACAUUAACAUAUUGUGCAGUUCUGUCACCGAAUUGAAAGAUUUUCAAAUCACAGAUAGUGAAUGGCAAAUACUCGAAAAAAUACAUAAGUUUCUAAUAAACUUUAAAGUUUUAAGCACGAAAAUUGGUGAAGAAAAAUAUGUUACAUUACCGCUAGUCAUUGUAUCAUUCAAUCUCUUGCUCGAUAAAAUUGAAUCCAUGGUAAAACAGUUAGAUGAGAAACCUAAUCGAUCUGAAGUGGAUGAAAGGCUCAUUCUGGCUUUCCAAGCAGCUCGAGACAAAAUACUUAAACAUUAUAAGAAGAGCAACUGGAUUUAUUGUACUUCUUUAAUUUUAGACCUAAGGCAUAAGGCUCAGAUUAUUGACUUGACAAUAUGGGGGAAGCAACUUAAAAUAGAAAGCCUGCGCAAGUUCAAUGAACUUAAUGAAGAAUACUACAGUCUACACUCACUGAACAAAUCUCUGGAAUUACCAAGAAAAGAAAAUAAGGUAUGUGAUGAAGAUGAAAACGUAAUAGACUUUGUUAAACUGUAUGAAUGUCCCUCGACGUCAUCUGGAUCUUGUCUUCAAGGCUUACUGAUAGACGAGUUGAAGUACCUGAGAAAACCAAGAGCUGCCAGCUCGGAAGACAUUUUAGAUUGGUGGAGGAUGCAUGAGACAGAGUAUCCGACUUUAUCGAAGAUGGCCCGUGAUUUACUCUCAAUAACUGCAACUUCAAUACCUGCUGAGAGAUUAUUUUCUAAAGCAUCAUUAGUAAUUAAAAACAUAGAAAUAGCUUAAGUGAUGAGUCAGCAAGAUCAAGACCAGGUGUAUUGGCGCAAGACCAAGACCAAGACUGGCCAAGUCUCGUCUUGUUCUUGCAUUUGGGCAACACUAAUUUUGAUUCCUCAUAAAAUCUUUUACUCCCAUUUUUAUUCCUUGAAGUGCUAAUUUUUAAAUUUAUUAUUUAAAUUUUUCAAUUCAAUUUAUUCAUUUCAAAGAACUUUGAUACAUAAUCAUUAA